AACCACUGCGCCACCAGGGAAGCCCGGUGUUUAGAUUUUUAUCAUCCAUCUAAUGUAAGGUGUUCUUGCGCGUCACAGUUUGAUCUUUCUGCCUCUUUUUUUUUUUUUUUCUCUCUCUCUUAUUGUUGACUUGACCUGGUUUCUUUACGUAGAGAAUCUGGAAAUGUUUUUGUUCUUUGAGGAAAGAGCUAUGCGUGAAAGCCCCACUGCCUGUGGGGACUGUAGGGUGGGUAAUAUUUGGGUGUACUUUCAGGGUCAGGUCUUACCUUGCUCAGGGAAUGUUGUAUGUGUGGGUAGGUUAUUAAAGACAUGGUGGUUUCACAAUGUAUGUGGAUAUCAACUCAUCGUAUUGUACAGCUUAAAAAAAUUUUUUAAAAAUUAAGCAGUGGUAGCUCCAGUAGCUGUUGAUGAAUGCCUGAGGCUUGGUGGAAAGAACUUCUGUUUACUGUGAGUACUGUCUCUCUGAUUAGCAGUUGUGUGUUUCAUCCCACGACCCAACAUAGAUUUUUUGAUGUAUUUAUUUUAUUUUUAUUUCUUCUUUCUGGGUGCCUUAUGUUUUUUGUGUGUGUUCGUGUGUGAUUUUCAAAACAAAAAUUGGGUUCAUGCCAAAUUACGGCUUAAAAAACAUUUUAUAAUGACAAUUCUUGAAAAUGUGGAGUGACUAGUAGCACGCUCUAUAUCCUUAUCACCCAGCAUUAACAACUAUCGACUUUCUCUGAUUCUGAUUCUACCUUUCCCUCUGCCCUACUUUGUUCAGGGUCGGGGGAGGGAGAGAGGGGCCCAAAGCAAAUCUCAGCCAUCAUACCAUUUCCUUCCCAAUACUUUGUUCUCAUGUUUGUUAUUCAAUUAUUUACUUUUUGUCUGUUGACUUUUCUUUCUCUUGUUACUGAAACAACUCUUGGACUGUGCCCUGGUGGAGUUAUAAAGGUAGACUCUUCUGGAAGCAUUGUCCUCUGCAUGCUGCUUGAUGGGCUGCUCUUCAGGGAUCCUGAGGAGGACAGCCCUGCUGGUGUGAAGUUCAUGGUCCGGUUACUAAUAGAACCCAGAGAAUUGCCCUCCUAGCUGUCUACACCUGAGUACAACAGCAGAGGCAGCCAUAGAAGAAAAAAGUUUGGUGUCCUAUGUCACAGCCUAAAAAUCCCUGCAAGAGAUCCCAGCAAGCAGAAGAAGGAAGAAUCUUGUUCAAAAAUGAGGUGAAUUAAUGCUCAAGCACUCAAGAACCCCGGACAGCUACAUGAAGUGUUUAAAAACUGCCCUGACCAUCUCGCCACACAAGUCUGUCAUGAGGCCUGACAGGAUGAGUGCACCACAGAGGCACAGUGUCCUGCCCUGCAGGAACGGUGACUGCUGACCUGCCGGGAGCAAGCGGGGGGCCGCGUGUUGUCUGCCAGUACAAUGAAGGAAGUGGUUUAUUGGUCACCCAAGAAGGUGGCAGACUGGCUGCAGGAGAAUGCUAUGCCAGAAUACUGUGAGCCUCUGGAACAUUUUACAGGCCGCGACUUGAUCAACCUAACCCAAGAGGAUUUCACAAAACCCCCCCUGUGCCGAGUCUCCUCCGACAAUGGGCAGCGGCUCUUGCACAUGAUAGAGACCCUGAAGAUGGAGCACCACUUGGAAGCACACAAGAAUGGCCACGCCAAUGGGCACCUCUGCAUUGGCACAGACGUCCUCGCCCCAGAUGGCAGCUUCAGCAUCAAGGUCAAACCCAAGGGGAUGCCAAAUGGGUAUAGGAAGGAGAUGAUAAAGAUCCCCAUGCCAGAGCCAGAGCGCUCCCAGUACCCCAUGGAGUGGGGCAAGACUUUCCUGGCCUUUCUUUAUGCACUUUCCUGCUUUGUUCUCACCACAGUGAUGAUCUCGGUCGUCCAUGAACGAGUACCUCCUAAGGAGGUGCAGCCUCCACUACCGGACACGUUUUUUGACCAUUUUAACCGGGUGCAGUGGGCCUUUUCUAUUUGUGAAAUUAAUGGCAUGAUCCUUGUAGGACUCUGGUUAAUUCAGUGGCUGCUCUUAAAAUACAAGUCUAUUAUUAGCAGAAGAUUUUUCUGCAUAGUUGGCACGCUGUACCUGUAUCGGUGUAUUACAAUGUAUGUAACUACACUCCCAGUACCCGGUAUGCAUUUCAACUGCUCUCCGAAGCUCUUCGGAGACUGGGAAGCCCAACUGAGGAGAAUAAUGAAGCUCAUUGCUGGCGGCGGCCUAUCCAUCACGGGCUCCCACAACAUGUGUGGGGACUACCUGUACAGCGGCCACACGGUCAUGCUCACACUCACCUACCUAUUUAUCAAAGAGUAUUCCCCUCGACGACUGUGGUGGUACCACUGGAUCUGCUGGCUUCUCAGCGUGGUUGGAAUCUUCUGUAUUCUCUUGGCGCAUGACCACUACACUGUGGAUGUGGUGGUGGCAUAUUACAUCACCACAAGACUCUUCUGGUGGUACCACACUAUGGCCAAUCAGCAAGUGCUAAAAGAAGCUUCCCAGAUGAACCUCCUGGCCAGAGUGUGGUGGUACAGGCCAUUUCAGUACUUUGAAAGGAAUGUCCAAGGAAUUGUACCUCGAUCUUACCAUUGGCCCUUCCCCUGGCCAGUAAUCCACCUCGGUAGGCAAGUUAAAUACAGCCGGUUGGUGAGUGACACAUAACAGCUGUACACGGUGGGGAAAGAGGAGCUGUCCGAAGUGCUAAGAACUCCAUGAGAAAAGAUGCCAUAAAAUGAACACCUCCCUUAUCCUGUUAUCUUUCAACAGUUACCGUGACUUAACCGAUUGAGUUACCUGGUCAGCACUGUGAUCUUUUUUUCUCUCCAAAGGACCCGCGUUGGACAACAAUAAAGAAAAUUUAACCUGUCGUGCACUGUACACAUUUCCUGUUCAUAGGCUCGGGAUUUACAUAACCUUGCAACCACCGUGUUCCUUUGUAUAUGAUGCAACAGCAUAAAUGUAAGCUUUUAUAUCAUAAGUUCUGGUCUUUCCAGUCACACCUGGAAAUAAAGCGUAUUAUUUUCUUGGGAAAACAUACUUUUCAUAUCUCUUGCCCCAAAGAUUGGGCUGUAAGCCAUUUUCUAGCAAAUGUCUCUAUGAAGGUUUCUAAGUACCUGAAUGGGGUUCGAUUCUGAAAUCUUUCUACCUGUUGCACCGAUAUUCAAAUAAAAAUGACAGACACAGAAAGGUUUGGUAACUUUGGAUUUUGUAAAAAUCAGCAGAGACAGUGUGUCAAAAAGUACAAAAAAAAAAAAAGAUUCUGUUAUAAAGUGAUUUUCUAAGUAUUUCCUAACUUUAUUUUUCAAAAUGAUGUUAUGAAAACCAAAUUUAAAGAUUUUUACAUGUCAGAGAAAAGAGAGUUAAAAUUUAAAAAUGUUUCUUGGGAGAGAAAUUUGUCUAUGUUUCUAGUGCCUUUCUUGUCUUGAUUGUAUGGUCAGUAGGCAAUCUUCAAUGUUUUUAUUUAAAAUAAAGUAUUCCAUGAAAAUAUAAAUGUAUGUAUUACUACUAAAUUUUGCAUUAUAGCUAAAUUAAAUCAGAAGACUGCUUAUGGUUUUUAAAUUGCUAUGAAUUAAAGAAUGGGAGAGUUAAUUAGAAAGUCAGAGCCUGUUCCCAUAUUGUGAGCAGGUGGCAAUGACAGGUACCACUUCAAUUAUUUUAUCAUCUAUUUGGUAGUUUGAUUUUAACUAUACAAUGAAAACAGCCGUGAAUACUUUGUUUUUAAAAAGAGAGUUUUGAAAAUGAUCACUUAACUAAAAAUUGAAAGCUAUAAAUUAGUUAUCCAUACUCUCAUGGCAAUUUUGUUGGUAAACAACAAAGAAGAGAUCUAUUUCUUUAAAAUAUAUUUGUGCAGGAACUGCAUGUAACUCUGAAGUUUUACUCCUAACAUGAGUAUGUUUGGGGAAGUAUUCUAUUCUAUACUUGCCAAUGUGGAGAACAAAAUAGUUUUUUAAGAAUGAAGAAGUAUAUAUAUCCAUUCUGUAUUUUAUGUGCAGCAGAAUUAUCUUCCGUAGGGUUUUUUUUGUGUAUUCACAAGGUAAUAUUUGUAUUGUAAAACAAUAAUGGUGAAGGAAAUAAAAAGGCUUUUAAAAUUUUGUUUGUUUUAAA